CUCCACCAUCUUGCCUCUUGCCUCCGCCCGCCAUGACCGUCAUCAACCCAAACCGCUCCGCUAUAUUACCUGUAGGAUCUCAACACCCAACAACCAGUGCACAUCCCUCGUCUACCAUAAUAAUACGUCGGACGGGUUCACGGUACUUGAAGACCCAUGUCAGAUACUUUCUCGCUGAUGGCAACCUUGAUAUUGAGCUGGACGACGGGACGCUUUAUCGCGUCCAUCGGCACUUCUUCACUCAGUACUCUUCGGCAUUCGCGGCCGAGUAUCUCUCCAGUCCUGCCUCAUCAAGCUUUGUACGCCUCAGGAGCAUUGAAGGGCGAGACUUUGACCGCUUGCUCUCCUUGAUCUAUCCGUCCAAACUCGGCGAACUCGACAUAUCCACCGCAGACGAAUGGCUCUCCGUCCUCCGUCUGGCCGAUAGGUGGUCAUUCGUAGACCUUCGCCAGCUUGCGCGCGAGAAGCUGGACAGUAUUGCCUCAGCCACCGAGCGCGCUGCAGUUGCGUGCGAGCUUGGUCUGGCUGGGCGGGCGGACUCAGCGCGCCCCGGCUUGCCCAAGGUCGCGACUGUCAACACCCCAGAGCGCUCGGGCAGUAGCGAUCGCGUUGACGCAGCGGACAACUUGCAGAGGGUGCCAGCGUCCAUACGCGUCAUGCCGGAAUCGAACGUUGAGGAUGCAUCGUUGACCGUCGAGGAUGCAUCGCCGGACAUCGGGGAUCGGCCGGCACCGCUAGGUGCUACUCCCAUGAUCGAAGCGACGUACGAGCCUAUGGCGCUUCACACCGCCCCCGAGCCUUCGCGCGUCACCCGCGAGCUGGUUUCGACGAUUGACUUUCUGCACGAGCUGCCUUUCUGCGCCUUGGAACAGCCUGACGAUACAGAGCCAGCACAUUCCAGCAACCUGAGCGAAGCCCCGGCACGCCAUCGGGAAUCCAUCCAGGAUCGCUUGAAGAGGGUCCUGGGAAAGGAGCCUCCCAAGCGCGUGCCUUCUCUGUGGUCGUCGUUCAGGAGCUCGACGAGCGAUUUUUCUGAUGGCGCGCCGUCCAGCAGUAAUGCUCCGGCCGUCAGGAGCGAACAGGACCCUGCGGCCGAGUCCGAUAAUCUUGAUUCCUGCUCUUCCUCGUCGAGCCUGGGCACACCGAAAGAACCCUUUCUUGCUGAGAUGACGACCAAAGACGCGAGCAUCUACUCUGGGCGGAACCGCGUGUCGAACGCGUGCCAGCCAGCAGCGUCGAGUGCGUCUGAUUCUAGCACGUCGAACUCCCCCCAGCGAGUUGCAUCGUCUUCCUCCUGCGUCACGUCCCCUUUCUCACCGUCACCUCUCGACGUUCAGGAUCACCCUCCGAGUUCAGGGGAACUGACUGGUAGCCGCGAUGAGUGGAAGGCUCGAUAUCGUGAGGAGCUUAUGGCUGACAUAGUCGCUAAUACCGAAAGAAUGCGGCACUCGAUGAAUCGUGUCAAAGAGAACGCCUCGCGCUGGAUGGAUAUUUUCGGGCGUACGACGUAUUCGAGCGCGUUCUAUGAAUAAGUAUCCGUGUCAGGGCCAUGGAGCUCGAGAAUAGUGCACCCAUGUAUGUACCCGAUAAUGCUCGUCUCAGAUAUAUCUUCUUGUUGUAACCGA